AUGUGUUCAGUGAAGCUGCUGGACUGCAAGAAACUGAUCAACCCUGACAACCAUGUCUAUACCAAUGUGCCAAGCCAGUUGUUGCCCAGCAAUGAGAAUAGAUGUAUAAAUGGAGAAAAGAUUCAGAAGAAAGGGAUGAGCAGAAGAGGAAAGCCUCAGAAAUCUUCCUCAUCUUCACUUCACUUCAACAGACAUGGUAAACAGAACAGAAGGAGGUCUUGUCCCUGCUCAGAGUGUGGUAAGUUCUACCAAUGGUCAGACCUUAAAGCCCAUCAGGUGACGCAUAUUAAAGAAAAGGCUCACAAGUGCUCUAAGUGCAGCAAGUCCUUCAGGACCGCAACAAGAAUUCUCCAGAGGAUUCAUAUUGGAGAGCGGUCUUACCAAUGCAUUCAGUGUCAUAAGGCUUUCACAUGCUCAGAGUACCUUAGAAAGCAUCAGAGAAUUCACACCGGAGAGACUUACAAGUGCGCCUCGUGUGGAAAGUGGUUCUCCAGCCCAUCGUCAUUGUUGCAGCAUCAAAGAAUUCACACGGGAGAAAAGCCUUACCAGUGUUCUCAGUGUGGGAAAGCCUUCUCUCAGUCGUCUAACCUUAAAAAACAUCAGCGAUUACAUACUGGAGAAAAGCCUUACCAGUGUUCUCAGUGUGGGAAAACCUUCCCUUGCUCUUCCAACCUUAAAAAACAUCAGCGAUUAUAUACUGGAGAAAAGCCUUACCAGUGUUCUCAGUGUGGGAAAACCUUCCCUCAGUCUUCUAACCUCAAAACACAUCAGCAAGUACAUACUGGAGAAAAGCCUUACCAGUGUUCUCAGUGUUGGAAAGCCUUCUCUCAGUCUUCUAACCUUAAAACACAUCAGCGAUUACAUACUGGAGAAAAGCCUUACCAGUGUUCUCAGUGUUGGAAAGCCUUCUCUCAGUCUUCUAACCUUAAAACACAUCAGCGAUUACAUACUGGAGAAAAGCCUUACUAG